AUUGCAAAUUAAAAAAUAGCUAUGCCAACUUCCUGAAGCGUUGUAAGCAGGUCUAUAAUCGUAGGUAAAUCUUCCUUUUCUAGCGCAUCCAUUGACCAUGCCGUUUACUGCAAUGGCGGUAUAGAUAUUUCAUGAAGAAGAAAGUGGAUUUUCUGCAAUGAUGAUUACGAUUUGUGUGGGCAAGGUCUAGUUGUACUUUUAUAGACUACAGAAUUCAGUUUCUUCCAUAUUGAUCAGUGUACUAGCCAAUAUAAUAUAAUCUUACUUCUAAAAAACAAAAAAAUCCAGUUAUCGAUAAUAAUUGUUCCUUGAGGAGUUUAUCAACUUACAACAAUAGGACGCCAAAGAAUUCGCGGUAAUCGUUCCCGACGUCUUAGGUAAUAUUUGGUAUUUCAUUAUCUGAAUGGACAAUAAGGUGGAUGUCUCAGAAGUAGAAAAUAUUUCAAUGAUUGGAUCUUCUGAAAUUUAUUAUCUGCCUGAAGUCGCAGAGAUAUCAGAGGUGUUAGAUUCUACUGGUCUUAGUCCAUUAACUUCUUCUUUAGACCAUACUUUAACUCUUCAAGAGGAUAAACUGCUUUCAUCAGAAGUUAAUAUGGGUAUAGAAGAUACAUGGACUGAAGCAAAUAGUUCUACAUCAGAUUAUGCUAUUCCACUUCCACCACCACCUGGUUUAAAUGAUUUUACAGAUGUUGGUGCAGAUCCUAUUGGUGAUAAUGGAACUGAAGGUGGAGAUUCUCAAGAUGAUUCACAAAUGGAAGAUGUAGUUUUACGCGCGGGAGUAUGUGGUCUUCGCAAUCUCGGUAAUACUUGUUUUAUGGCUGCUGGCUUGCAGUGUUUAACUGCAACACCUCCCGUACUGCGACAUUUUUUGGAUUUACAACAAAGGGGAGAAAAACUUCCCCCUCCUGGAUCAUUGAUGGCACAUUUUAGUGCACUUCUUGGUAAAAUGUGGUCUGGCAAAUAUAGUGUUCUUAGGCCUACUGAAUUUAAACAAACAUUGGGGGCAUAUCAUUCACAAUUUAAAGACUAUAGACAGCAUGAUUGUCAGGAAUUUCUUGCACUUCUGUUGGAUUCUUUACAUGAACAAAUGAAUACUGCAAAAUGUACAAAAAAUUGUCAAACUCCAUCAUCUACAACCACUGCCAACACGAAUAAUUCAAUUGAAAAUUCAAAUGGGAAAAUCAUGUCUUCAGUCACUGCCACUAGUAAUUCCAAUUGUAAUACAGAUUUAUUGGAAAUGUAUGAUUGCUUACCAUCACCAGAAUGUCCAAAUAGCCCCAAUGUAACAAUGGCUGGUUCACCAAGAGAUUUAGGGUCACCUAUAGGAGAAUUAGAUAGUAUUGCAAAUUCGCCGCGAGGAUCACCUUUAAAUGAUGGCGAGGAUGACGAAGAAACACUUGAUUCUGAUGAAACUGUUGAAGCAAAAUCAAAUACGUUUAUUCAUAAUGAAGUCGAUGAAAAGAAAAAUGAAGUCACACCUUCACUAAGGCUAGAAACAUUAAUUGAAUUUUCAAAAAAUGUUCCGAAAUACCACGGUCUUUAUGAUAUUCAUAAAGAAGCAAAAACUAGCAAUGCAAACUUCUUAGUAAUGCAACAGGAAUGUAAUAAUGAGAUUCAUUAUGAUUCACAAAAAUUUCCGAAAGAAAAUAUUCGUAGAAUGCCUUUAGAUAAUUCAAAUCUAAUGGAAAAUCAUGAUUUUGAUAAUAAAAGUGUCAGUAUCAAAAGGAUAAAAGAAGUUAAUGUUCAAAAAGUCAAUUGUGGUGUAGAUUAUGCAUCAAGUGGUUCUGAUAUAGAAUAUGAUAAUGGUUUAGAAAAAUGUAAUGUAAAACGUAUGAGGUUAGAUGAUCAAGAAAAGAAUCAUAAACGUGAUGGUCAAGGAAGUAUUAGUUCUCAAUGCAUACGAAUUUCACAAAGUUAUGGAAAUGGUACUGUAGAGACACAAGAUGAAAUUGAGGCUGAUAAACAUUGGGCAAAGCAUUUAAAAUCUAAUAGAAGUAUUAUUGUUGAUACUUUCCAAGGACAGUUUAAAAGCAAGGUUGUUUGUGCAGUAUGUAAUCAUGUUUCUGUUACGUAUGAACCUUUCAUGUAUUUGUCAGUACCACUACCUCAUGCAAUGGAGAGACAACUAAAUGUUACAUACGUUCCUGCAAAUGGCGAUCAACCUAUAAGGUGCGUUGUUUCAUUAAACAAACAAUCACGCAUUGGGAAAUUGAAGGAGGAACUAUUAAAAACACUUGGCAAAGAAAAUAUUGCAGUAACAAAUAUUGCACUUGCUGAAGUUUUAGAAAAUCAUAUAUCAAAAAUUUUGGAUGACAAUACACUCUUGAGACACAUCAAUGAUACGAAUCGAUCUAUAUAUGCCUUUGAACUUACGGAACCUCCUGAUGCAUACACUUCAGUACCAGAUGGUGGUGGAGAUCGUGUAACCGAGGCCGAUUCCUGUCAGAAAUGUACAGUUACGGGAGAGGAAAUACCAUGUACAAUUUGUCUCGAAGAAUUGGAUGGAGAUUUGAAAAGGCACAGCGGGAACAGUUGCAAUUUUGUUAUGUGUGAUACUUGUAUUGAGAAUUACUUCAAAAAUCAAACGGAACCGCAAAUGUGCCCAAUGUGUUCAACUUAUAUGACUGCGUCGUCUUUUAUUAAAAUAGAUCAAACAGGCAGACCGAGACCUGCAAUUAGGAUCUUAAAUGUACCGCUAGUCUUGCGACAUGAUACAACAAACGAAACAUCAAACAACCGUAAAGGAACAAAACUUUUUGGUUAUCCUCAUUUAGUAAGAUUACCUUCAAGAGUGAAUGCUAAAGAUUUGUACGAUAUUGUAAGAAAAAAUGUACCACAAGAAGGAAAUUAUACGCUUCAUUUUGUUACAGGACAGGGUCAUCAUUGUUCUCGUUGUAUGUAUACUACACAUUGUACAGGGUGCAGUGUACCUGAAACGGGUAUGGUAAUCUUAUGUAAUGGAGAUACUUUAGCAGUGCGUUAUACGGAGCAGGUUCCUAAGAUUGCAUCCCCAAUUGAUCAUGUUAGUAUCAGCAAACAAAGGCCUCAUCAUCCUUUAUCUUUAUAUGAUUGUCUUCAAGCAUUUAGUCAGAGCGAAACAUUAGAUGAACACAAUCCUUGGUUUUGUCCAAAAUGCGAACGAAAUCGGUGCGCUACGAAGACUCUUACAGUCCACAGAUAUCCAAAGUUCCUUAUAGUGUAUUUGAAACGAUUCGUAUUUUAUGAGUGUACUAGUAUGAAAUUAGAUGAUAAAGUUACAUUUCCAUUGGUUGGUUUAAGCGUUGGACAACAUCUAUAUGAUCUUUAUGCUUGUGUUUGUCAUUUUGGAGGGGUUUCGGCAGGACAUUAUACGGCAUACGCGAAGAAUCCUCGCACUGAUACGUGGUACUAUUACAAUGAUGAAAUUACAAGCAGACAGAAACCUCAAGAGGAAGAUUUUAGCAACGCAUAUAUACUUUUUUACAGUCGGCAAGGGACCAAUUUAAAAUCGUGCAAUAUAUAACCAGUGCUGGAACGACGAAACUGGCAAAUGGUCAGUGAGAUACAAAGAGUGAGGAACAAAAUAGGAUACAAGGAAUCAAGAGAAGAGUUUACAAGGUGUUGCGUUUAUAUGUUGAUCAAACUACAUCAUCUUGAAUGGAAAACUGCUCACAAAUCUCUUGAUCUAUUUUUCCUAAUAAUUCGCUCAUGGUCUGCCUCUUUGUCUCUUUUCCUUCCUUACAUUAUCCAAUUUCUUGCUGUUAAAUUUCUAGCAAACAUCUUAUAUAAAAUGAUACAGCACGUGCAUCGAAAUUCGUUGAAUAUUGUGCAUUUUAUCAGUGAUCAUUUAUUCAGUUGAAAGGUAUUGUGUAUUUGCUAGAUUCAUUAAUGGCGUUUAAUGUGAAAACAGCAGUUGUAAGGAAGAAUUAAUAAUUUGAAAAGAACUAAAUGUAUUUAUACAAGAUUAGUGCGUAAAUAUACGUUGAAUUUGUACAGUAGGUGAUUAAACGUAGACUUUGAGGUUUUGAACAGACGUAAUUUAUUAGUGAAUAAAGGCGAAUGUUACGACUAGAACACACUUAAAAGUACGAUCCUUAAUGAUGGAGUGUAAUCAUUCACUGUAUCAUUAUUUCCUUUUUAUUUGAAUGGAUACAAGACUGCUAAAAUGUUCAUAAUCUGCAUGUACAGAGAAAAAAAUUUGUAUUUGCAGAUUAUUUAUUAAAUUAGUUUUGUUGUAAUUUUAUUACAAGAUAUUCAUUUUAUUUGUUAUAUGCGCUCGUAUCCUCACGCGUACAAUCGACACACGCAUGCGUUAUAAUACAUAAUCAUCAUAUCUGUUGUUAGUAUGCUAUUUGUGGCUCGAUGACUGUAUUAUAUACGUCUUUGUCGUAUAAGUUAUUGUAAAAAUUACCAUAAAAAAAACUGUUCCAAUUUUUUGGUGAAAACCUAUUAACUAGAAAGUGAUUACAUUAUAUUAUAUUUGUGUUCAUUUGGUAAUUUUGUGACUGUUCUUGUUUUUUAAUUAACUAAUUGGAUAACAUAAAAAAAUCAUUAUAAAUUCUUAAUUAUUAAAAUUAAUUCUUAAUAUUUAAGAAAAUAACUUUUAAAUGUCGUUAAAAAAUAAAAAAUGUCAAAUUUUUAAAUAUUUCGAUAUAUCGAGUUCAGAAAUAACAAGUUUUAAUAAUUUAUAAUAAAUAUUGGGUAAGAAAUAACUUUAUUCUAAUCGCUAUUUGGAAGAAUUCUAUAUAUAUCUUUAUAGCCAUUGAAAAUUUAUUCGAAAGAGAAAUAUACGAGUACAAAGAUUGAGAUAUGCAAAAUCGAGAGAAACUAAGGCCACCGAUAGGGUAACGAUUAGGUACGUUAAAUAUAUAUGUAAAAGACGAUCUUUGGUAUGUACAUUAAAAAUCUUAUCGAUAAAUAUUUCGCGAUAAAUAUUUGCAUUAUAACGAUCAAAAACGUUUAUUCGCACGAUGGUGUCAAAAAUACGCCAUUAAUCAUUGAAGAGUGAUACUCGGAAACUUUUUAGAUAUUUUAACGAUAACCAUGGAUAAUGGUAUGUUGGUGUUAGAAUAUAUUUCUCAAAAUUUGUUUCAACCAUUCCUUCUUCUAACCUAACAAAACUACAAUUAUUCUAUCCUUUUGUUCAAAUAGUGAUGUACAUGAUAUUGAUUUAAUAUCACUGUUUUUUCUGUGCUUGAAUAUUUUUCUUUAUCUAUACGCGCCAUAUAUCGUUGUUAAAAUUUCGAUUGCUUAAUGUAAAGACACUGUAAACCAUACCACCGCUCCAGGAUGUUGCAGACCUCCAAUUUCACAAUUUAUUGUUCGAGUUUCGCCAUUUAAAACGAAGAGUGCAUCAUUCGAAGGACUAACCAUAUAUUUGCCAAAUAUACCACUUUGUACAAUUGGUCUAUUUGGGUUUCCCCACUUUGUUAAAUUAGGCGAUGUUGCUUUACCAACACCUGUUAUCAUUUCUACUUUGCCUAUGAUAAAAAAAUAAAUAUUUUUAACUUUUUUAAUGCAAAAAAGCAUCGUAUUAAAAAAUUUUCAUACCAGUUGAUAGAUCGAGGAAAAGAAUGUUUUCCUUGUCAAUAGAUGACGCGUAAAUAUCGUAACCAUGUGUCGUUUGUGAUGGAUAGAGUGCGAUAUCACUGAUAUUCAAUGUCGUUUUCACAUCAAAUGCGAAUUUCAAACCAUCGGCUGAAAAAA